UCUAAAGUUUGUUAAAAAAGGUGUCUGAUAGUUUUAAUAUUUUUUAACAUAUUUAUUUAUUGCUUAAGUUUUGAUAAAGUAAUAGGAAAAGUAAUAUGGAAAAUCAUUUAACAUAUUUUUUAAAAGGAAUUAGGGAUUAUUUGGAAACCUAUAUUGAUUUGGAUUACUCAUUAUGGCUGUAUAGAUUGUUACUUCCUUUGUUAAUUACAUUUUUACUGCCAUUUAUUUUUGUUGCUAUGAUUUAUCUUUCGUUCCUAAUAUUAACUGUUUAUAAAAUACAUAGAGAAAUAAUAUUAAAAUCUGUAACAAGUGAUGAAAAUUUUUGGAACAUAGGAAGAAAAAUUGUAGCUGUCUUAUGGGACGCACAUGCUCGAAUAUAUCAUGGUUAUGAAGUGAUUGGUCUAGAAAACUUACCAGAAAAUGGAGCUGCAUUAAUUGUCUAUUAUCAUGGAGCAAUUCCCAUAGAUAUGUACUAUUUGUGUGCACGAGUUUUAUUGCAAAAAAACCGGCUAAUUUACACAGUUGCCGAUAGAUUUUUAUUCAAGGUUCCAGGAUGGGGCCUAAUUUCAGAUGUUUUUAAAGUUAGUCCUGGUACCAUACAAUCUUGUUCAAAAACUUUAAAAGAAGGUAAUUUGCUAGCAAUAUCACCUGGAGGUGUUUAUGAAGCCCAGUUUGGUGAUCAUUAUUACGAAUUAUUAUGGCAAAAUAGAUUGGGUUUUGCGAAAGUAGCAAUCGAUGCCAAGGCCGAUAUAAUUCCAUUUUUUACAGAAAAUUUACGUGAAGGCUUUCGUCAAGUUGGAAUAUUAAGAAAUUUUUUUAUGAAACUUUAUGCUAAAACUCGGAUACCUGUUGUGCCAAUAUACGGAGGAUUUCCUGUAAAAUUUCGUUCAUAUUUAGGCAAACCAAUUAAAUAUGAUCCAUUACUUACUCCAGAAGAAUUACAACGAAAAGUUGCUUCACAAUUAGAAGAACUCAUUAAUAAACAUCAGAGAUUACCUGGCUCAAUUUUGAAGGCAUUACUAGACAGAUUUGUGAAGAGUAAAAGUAGUUAAAGAUAGUUUACUGGAAAGUUGCAUUAAGCUACGGUUUGAAUAUGUACUUAAAAUUAAUCGAAUUUAGUGGAAAAUUAACAAAUAAUAUUUUUUUUGUCUUUCAACUUGAAAUACAAUUUUAAAACUAUCAAUUUAGACAUAAGAAAAAACUUUCUGUGAAAAUAAAGCAAAUAUGACAAAAAAAAAAAAUCAAUUUACUUA